AUCCUUAUCCGUGUGUGUGUGUGUGUGUGUGUGUGUGUGUGUGUGUGUGUGUGUGUGUGUGUGUGUGUGUGUGUGUGUGUGUGUGUGUGUGUGUGUGUGUGUGUGUGUGUGUGUGUGUGUGUGUGUGUGUGUGUCUGGGAUUGAAUGGCUGGUGGACAUGACGUUACAUGUAUGUAAAUAUUUUUGUGGGCAGUGAUCGUCUCAACUUACGCAAAGUCCCACUUGAAGUCCUUAGCAUUUUUCAAGAGUGGUUAACAGUGUGCCUGCUUUUUUCUGCGUAUUUUUUUGCAAUUCACCUUUCCAUAUCGUGGCUUCAUUCCUCUCCCUGGGUGAUUCUAACACAGCUUCUACGAGCAUGGUGACAGUGGAGUAUGACGCGGUAGCUUACCAUGCGCUACCGAAGGGGCUCAUCAAUUCUCGACAUCGAUUCAAAUAUGUCCUCGUCUUCCUUUUCCUCGCCGUCUCUGUUUUCUUCUUCCUGCUGCGUGACAUUGUCACUCUGGAGGGUCUGAGCUGCCACACGGCGUGGUUAUUCUUCCCGCCCCGUAACUCCAGCUGCACGGCUUACACCCAGAAGACGCCCCAGCCCUCCCAGCACCCCGUCCCCACCUUCUGCAGCCACCGGGGCCCGGGGCCCACCCCCGACGAGGCCCUGGAGGACCGCCGCCUCCUGGACGCCAUCGCCUGGCCCCAGCCCCCGGCCGGCCCGGUCCCCGUGCCCCUCAACCAGACCAGCGACCCCGCCCACAGCCUGUUCGCCAUCCUGCCCUCGCGGGGCCGGAGGGCGUGGCGCGUGGGUGACCAGCUGGAGGCCCUGGUCCAGAUGAAGGACUUCCAGGGCCGUUCCAAGCGCCAUGGCGGGGACUUCCUGGUGGCCCGGCUGCACUCCCCGGCUCUGGGGGCCGGGGUGGCGGGCAGGGUGGUGGACCACCUCGACGGCUCCUACUCGGCGCUGUUCCCCCUGCCGUGGGCGGGCCCGGCCACGGUCACGGUCACCAUGGUGCACUCCAGCGAGGCGGUGGCCGUGCUGCGGCGGCUGCGGGAGAGGUGGCCCAACCGGAUCUUCUUCCACAGCCUGUACCGCGUGGGCAACCUGUCCGAGACCACCGCGUGCCUGCCGUGCCUGCCGCCCGAUUACCCGCAGCGGCCGCUGUGCAACCACACGGACCCCCACACCGGGGAGCCCUGGUACUGCUACAAGCCCGAGCGGCUGGGCUGUGACGCCAGGGUGAACCACGCCAUGGGGGGCUACCAGAAGCCCCUCUACUCCAAGCAGGAGGCGCUGCUCUUUCGGAGGUCUGGCGCCGUACGAUUGCUCUUCUCGUUUGUGACGUAUAACUCUGGUGCUUUUAUCCUUGUUUCUUUGAUCACUCGCAGCGGUGUGAACCUCAAAGUGGUCCUCCAUGCGUCGGGACCUGACUCGAUCGACGUGCUUCCUCAGAAGAUAGAUGGACAAAGGUUAGAGAACAGCAGCACCAGGGCAGAGUUGGUCGAGUACACCCCUGCUGGGUAUUACUACCAAAGCUACUGGAAGCCCGUCGGGGGAACUCCUGCUCGCCGGUUUGAGACUCCCUCGUCCAUCACACUGUGCCUGACCGGCAAGGUGAUCAACAUGUACGGCGACUCCACCAUGAGGCAGUGGUUCGAGUACCUCAGCGCCUUCAUACCAGAGUUCAACCUGCACCGUUCCAAGAUGGUGGGGCCCUUGAUGGCGGUGGACAGCAAACACAACAUCCUGAUGAAGUACCGCUGCCACGGGCCGCCCAUCCGGAUCAGACCGGUCGUCGUCAGUGAGCUCCGCUACGUGGCCAACGAGCUGGACGGCUUGGCCGGCGGGCCCGACACCGUGGUGCUCUUCAGCGUCUGGGCCCACUUCACCUCCUUCCCCGUGGAGGUCUACAUCCGCCGCAUGCGCCACAUCCGCCGGGCGACAGUGCGGCUGCUGGCCCGGGGCCCCGGCACCCUGGUGGUGAUCCGCUCGGCCAACUUUGUGGCCAUGGACCAGACGACGAGCACGCACAGCAGCGACUGGUUCUCGCUGCAGAUGGACGGGGUGCUCCGGGCCAUGUUCCAGGGCCUGGCUGUGGUGUUGGUGGACGCCUGGGAGAUGACCCUCGCCCAUCACAGCGCCCACAACAUCCACCCGCCGCCGCCCGUCAUCAAGAACAUGGUGGACCUCGUCCUGGCUCACGUGUGCCCCGACGAGACGGACAAGAAGAGCUAGUGGUAAAGAAAGACCCCAAUUGCAAUUGUAAUUUGCGAAAUAUAUAUGUAUAUAUAUAUAUAUAUAUAUAUAUAUAGUAUUUUGAUAUGUAAUAUGGUUAUAUUAAUUUAAUUUACUGAACGCAUUUACUUACCUACUCUUGGAAAUUCUAUCAUGUGAGAUACAAUCUAAUACGAUUCUUAUUCAUUUAUUAAACUGAAGCCUGUUACGAAAGUCGGCACGAGCCUCAGAAAGACGUUUAGUGUGGUGGUCUCUGUCCACACCCACACGUCCAUCUCAGCCUUCCUGGAACAGAAUCCCAGCAAAAGACGAAGUACUCAAGUAGUUCAUGCUUCAGCUUGAAGGUCUAUCUUGAGCAUUCGUCAUGUCACGCGGUUGAUUAAUAAUCCAUUCCAUUUAAGGUCACUAUUUAUAGAUUGUAACUUUUGCACUGUGUGGAAAGUAGUCAAUUAUGGAACGUAAAACAAGGACAUGUUUUUCUCUGUGUACCUGUCAGAUUACCUUGACAUUUAAUAAAAGAUUAAUCUUU